CAAAUCAUUAUCGCAGCAGUCAAUGUUCGGCUACUGGUUGUGCAGAUUUGGAGCCCCUACACCACCGAAUCCUGCCCUUAUACUCAACUUCAUCUCUUUGGACAGCGUUGUGAAUUUCUGUGAAGUGUUUUUCGUUUUUCUGUGUUUACCGGAGUUUUUGCAGUGGGAUUUGAGCUAUGGCAACCACUGCUCAAACUUUGGGUGGAAUUCAGGCGUUGAGCUUCUCGGCUAAUUGCAGCUCUGUGCAGAAGCUGGGCGAUGGCCUGGUGCGGGACAAGAAGAUGUGCCCACCGGCCCGGAAGCACUUUCAGGUGCGGGCUAUGGCACCUAAGAAGAAGGUGAACGCGUAUGAUGAUGCGUGGAGCAAGCAAUGGUUCGGAGCGGGGCUGUUUGCGGAGAACACCGAGACGGAGUCUGUCGACAUCGUGAAGAAGCUAGAGAAGAAGAAGUUGUUAUCACAGGUGGAGAAAGCGGGGCUUCUCAGCAAAGCCGAAAGCCUGGGCGUCAGCUUGUCGCAGAUUGAGAAGCUGGGGCUGCUGUCGAAGGCAGAGGAUCUCGGAUUGUUGACCCUGGCGGAGAAUUUCGUGACCACCAGCCCUGCGUCAUUGGCUUCACUCUCGCUUCCUUUCAUUGUGUUGGGCAUUGCCAUUCCUAUCCUCGUCCCGGACAGCUCCACCGCCGUCGUCAUAGCACAGAAUGUCGUCAGUUUGGUGUGCUUGGCAACCGCUGGAGGUUUGUUUGUAGGAAGCGUCGUAUUGAGUGGAUUGCAAGAAGAGUAGGUUAUUCUAAUCGAAUAGUAUUUCAUACCUCUAUUACAGUUGUCAGCGGUACAUCUGUAACCUUACCGAAGAGUAGUUUUGUAUAUGGAAGUUGAGUCUCCGGAUCAGCCACCGCUGUCAUCGGUCGCUCUUCUCUCUCUUUCUCUUUCUCUCUGAAGUGUGCUUGCUACAUGCAAACCCAUACAGCAAGUCUUCUGGAAAUCACCAACUAGAAGGAUCCCAGAUUUAGGGGAGCAAUUUGUACAACAGAGAUUCGAGCAAUGUUUAAACCACGCUGGACUCCAGCACCAAUUUCUAUGAGUCAA